AUGUCAUAUUACAAUAGAUAUAGAAAUAGAAAGAGACAGGACAAUAAUGACGGUAGUGGAGCAGCAGGAGGGUCCAAUAAUGGGUUACCUGUAGGAUUAGGAGGUGCCUCUGAUGCUAUCUUUGAUCUCGGUAAGAACAAAAGAGUCACUGUGAGACAAUUUAGGAAUAUUAAUUUGAUUGAUAUUAGAGAAUACUAUUUGGACUCUUCCUCUGGGGAGAUGAGACCUGGGAAAAAGGGUAUUUCUUUGACUGAAGACCUAUAUGAUGAGUUACUGAAACAUAGAUUGAAUAUAGAUGAGGCGUUGAGAAGGUUUGGUUCGAAGAGACCAAGAACUAAGACUGUGAGGGUGCUCUCUGAUGAUGAAGAUGAAAAUGAUCAAUUGGAAAAAAAUUCAGCCACGAAGGGUGAUGAGAAUGCACCUGAUGCUGAAGGUGAUAGGAGCAAGAGUAAGAAGAAGGAGAAGUUGGCUGCUGAUAAAAAGGCAAAGAGGAGUGCGAAAACUGAAUAUGAGGAUUAUGAUGAAAUGGAACCUAAAACAAAGAAGAAAAGACCUGCUCCACCGACAUUACUGCCUCAUGAGGAAAAUAGAGAAAAUCAGAAACGUGAAGCUAAUGCCACGUUAAUGCUUCCAGGUGCUGGUAAAUCACCAAAUCCACCUACACCUGUGGUUACAGAAACUGAGAAGGGGCCAAUACUUCCACCUGUAGUGGCACAGAAGGAGGAGAACCCAGUUGUCACUGCUGAUGCCACUACCAAUGAUGAUAACGAAAAUUCCAGUGACGAAGAAUUCGCUCAAAGUUUGGAGGCAGAAAUGAAUAAGAUGGACGACGAUAUAAGUGAAGAAGAGUAA